AUGGGCAUACAAUUUGACGGGUCGAUUAAAACUUCUGUACAAAGUGAUGGUGAACUAUCAUUUGAAGUUACUAAUAAGAAUGGUUUUACUGUAUUGUAUUCAACUAGUACAGAAAAUACUGUCGGUGCGGAAGAAAAAUUCACAUGUGAUGGAGUUCAAAAUGAAAAAAUAUUUAUGGAGGCGCGAACAAACAUCACACGAUUGAGGGGCAACGUUUGCGAAGUUUUAUGUAAUAAUUUUGGUCCGACGAAUGAAAACCUUUUCAAGUGUAAUUACGUUGAUUUAAAAAUGUAUCCAGUACAUAAUGAAAAUAUAGUCAUCGAAUUGCAAUGUAUCCGUGAAAAAAUAGAUUUAUAA